UGAUGAACAAAUAACAAGUUCACUUUUUCGUAAAAAUAAAUAGUGCCUUACUGUAUUCAUAACAUUUUAAAUUAUGUCUGGAGAAAUAACAGAUACGGAUAUUUUAAUCACUGAUGCAAAUAUAGAACAAAGCUCUAAAAAUGCAGAAGACAAAUUCUUUGACGAAAUUAUUGGACAUAUAGAAGAUAUUUUAUUAGAAGAUGAAUUUUAUGCUAUUCGAAAUAAAUUUUUGGAUACAUAUUGGGAAGUUUUUGAACCUAUAGAAGAAAAUAAAUUAAUUUAUACAGAUAUAUUUGAUGAAUAUACUAAGGCUUUGGAAAGUUACAUAGUGAAUUAUUUACAAAAAAUUAUACCACAUUUUAACAUAAAUACACUUUUGAAAUAUUUAAAUAACAGGCAGAAAGAACUGGAUGGUGAAGUUUUCGAAGUAUUAUCAACAUUUACAGACUUUGUGGCCUUUAAAGAAAUGUUCCUUGAUUAUAGAGCUGUAAAAGAAGGAAAAGUUGAGGAUCUUAGUUCUGGAAUAUCUGUUACAUCUCUCAGACCACAUAAUAUCAACAGAGAUUCUGUCAGAUAAUAAACUUUUUAAUAUAUAUGUAUAUGAAAAGUAAAUUAAUGUACAUGUACUGAUUCUAUUUAUCAUGUUCACCUAACC